UCCAUCGAAUAACUUGGAGUUUCCUGUUUUUAAGAGGUUGCCUUGUAUUGGCAGGUGUUUCAUUGUCAUAACGGACGAAACGAAUAUUUUUUUUUAGAAAGGUCAUUUUACUUAGUCGAGAAAUUGCACGUAUUCUUUGUUUGUUCUACGGACAACUGUUUGCCAACGUAUGUUGUAGGCGUAUAGUAUAACGGAUCAGGCAUAAUUUCAAAACUAGUGCAAAUAACGUCGAAUUUCUGAUCAGAAUCGAAACUGUCUUUUGUCGAAGAUACCUUACCAAUUGAUUCAUAGGACAGAAACAUAGAAGACUUUUCUGGCAGUGAUUUUUUAAGCUUUCUUCGGUGUAUAAGACACACACAGUAUCGUCUCGGAAUUAAUGUUUCUAGCUCAUUCGUUAUAGCCAGAAUAUGCGUAAGGUGAUAGAGCACGACGACAAAAGUUAUUCUUUAUCUCUGUUGUAAAUUCAAUAUAUUCUAGAAGGCACUGUACUCGACUUUGAGCUUGAAGAAAUGUGUGGUCGAAGGUAAUGAUUGGGGAAGACUAAACUAUGGCUAAUAGGAAAGACAAAUCAUCGACUGGUUUUUUGGACACAUGGUUCGGCCGACCAAAAAAGUCCGGGCGUGGAGGUGGGGUCAGAAGUGGUUCGGGAAACCACACGAUACCUCGACCCCAUUCCGGCGAUGAUUUCAACGAGAUCGAACAACAGCGAUCGAUCAUCGAGAGAAUGGACGAAGAAACCGUGAACGACAAAUUCGAGGAGAUGCUCGCAAACAUGAAUCUGACCGAGGAGAAAAAGGAACCGUUGCGACAACAAUCGGAAACUAAGAAAAAAGAGAUGUUGGUUUUACAUUACAAGGGCAGCAUUCAAGAAAAUAGGUCUAAAUUCGAUAAACCUGCGGAUUAUAUACAAUAUUUGGCGCAGCCCGAUCUAAGCGUGAACAAAAUCUACAAUUGUAUCGAAUCGUUGAGAAUAGCGCUGACCAACAAUCCUCUUAGUUGGGUUCAAGAAUUCGGAACGAAGGGAUUGAAACAGGUUUUAGCGACGCUCAACGAGUGCUACCGGAAUGACAAUCGAUACGAGCGCAUACAAUACGAAUGCAUCCGAUGCUUAAAGGCCAUCAUGAACAACACUGUCGGCAUAAAGGAGAUGUUGGCGCAUCACGAAGCGCUCACGAUCGUAGCCAGAUCGCUGGAACCGACCAAACCAUCCGUCAUGUCCGAGGCUGUGAAACUUCUCGGCGCGGUUUGUCUUAUCUCGAGCGACAGUCAUAAGAAAGUGUUGGACGCGAUCACCAUGAACGGAGAGUUCAAGGGGAGAGAGAGAUUUCUGCCUAUAAUUCAGGGACUGAUGAACAAGAGGAACGAAAACCUGAGGGUGGAGUGCCUUCAGCUAAUUAAUUCUAUCAUCUCCUCGGCCGAGGAGUUGGACUUUAGACUGCAUUUACGAAAUGAAAUCAUGAGAGUCGGUUUGGCCGAUAGUUUAGAAAUGCUCGAGAAAGACGAAUCCGAGGAUUUAGCUAGGCACCUGAAGAUCUUCAACGAUCACAAGGAGGAAGACUACGAAGAGUUCGUGCAAAGGUUCGAUCAUGUCAGACUUGAACUGGAUGAUGUGAACGAUUGUUUCGAAGUGAUUAAAAAUAUGGUAAUGGAGACAUCGGCCGAACCAUAUUUUCUUUCGAUACUUCAACACCUGCUUUUUGUCAGGGACGACGCUUUGGUCAGGCCCGCAUACUACAAAUUAAUAGAGGAAUGCGUGUCGCAAAUAGUAUUGCAUCGUUCGGGCUGCGAUCCGGACUUUAGCGCGACCAAACGAUUUCAAAUCGACGUACAGCCAUUGAUAGAUACGUUAGUCGAAAAGUCACGGGCGGAAGAGGAAAGACGAUUAGUCGAGGUGUCGCAAAAAUUAGAGGAGGCUAUAGCGAGUAAACAGGAGACCGAAGCAAAACUUCAGCACGCGGAGAAUAAGAUCAGAGAAUUGGAACAGGGUGGGGGCAAACAUGGAAGUAACAACGCGAAACUCGGGACUUGCCCAGCUCCGCCGGGUUUGCCAGGAAAUACUGGACCCUUGCCACCUCCGCCACCUCCGCUUCCAAAUGUUGCCGGAAUGGCGAUGCCACCACAGCCUCCGCCACUACCGCCUCCGAUCGCUGGCCUCGGAGGGCCGCCACGGGCUCCACCGAUGCCCGGAUCCAUGGGUCCGCCGCCACCGCCCAUGCCUGGCGUGCAACUGGGACCGGCUCCGCCACCGAUGCCGGGGAUGGGUCCGAUGCCCCCGCCGAUGACACUUGGUUUUGGUGUAAACGUACCAAUUUCCCAAUCGUUACCAUUGGGCCUGAAGCCCAAGAAGAAAUGGGAGGUCGAAGCCCCGUUGAAGAGAGCGAACUGGAAGGCCAUUUUGCCGCACAAGCUUACUGAAAAAUCCUUCUGGACGAAAGUCCAAGAGGAUCGAUUAGCGAGUCCCGAAAUACUGGAUGGUCUGGCUCAAAAGUUUGCAUCUAAACCUAGCGGAAAAAAGAUCGACGACGUAGUGGAUAAGUCAGCGUCCUCGAAGAAGGCAAAGGAUUUGAAAGUUUUGGACAGCAAAGCCGCGCAAAAUAUUCUGAUACUCCUCGGUGGCACAUUGAAACACAUGUCAUACGAACAAGUGAAAUCGUGUUUACUUAAAUGCGAAGGCCCCGUGAUAUCGGAGAACAUACUGCAGGGUUUGUUACAGUAUUUACCACCACCCGAUCAGCUUACCAAGUUGCAGCUGUACAAGGAGCAAUACGAUGACUUGACGGAAGCCGAACAAUUUUGCGUUACCAUAUCGACGAUCAAGAGGCUAUUGCCACGGUUGAGAUCGUUGAGUUUCAUGUUACGAUACGAAGAAUUGGUGCAAGACGUAAAACCGGACAUUGUGGCAGGUACAGCUGCCUGCGAGGAGGUGAAAGCCAGCAAAAAGUUCGCCAGAAUCCUCGAAUUGAUCCUGUUGCUCGGGAAUUACAUGAAUUCCGGAUCGAAAAACGGUCAAGCUUUCGGAUUCGAGAUUAGUUUUCUGACAAAGUUGACUAGCACGAAAGACAUCGACAACAGGCAAACUCUCAUGCACUAUUUAGUUGAUACGAUAGAACGAAAGUUUCCCGAAUGUCUAAACUUUCCGGAGGAAUUGGCGCACGUGGACAGAGCGAGCCGAGUAUCCCUGGAAAAUGUUCAACGAACGUUGCGACAAAUGGACUCCAACAUCCGAAAUCUCGAGCAAGAUCUGUCGAUCGCCAAAGUGCCUCAAUCCGAUGAGGACAUGUUUGUCGAUGUAAUGGGUCCGUUUGCGAAGAAAGCCCGAGAAUCUUACGAAGUUAUGCAAAACAUGUUCAAAAAUAUGGAUGGCUUGUACACCGAAAUUUCCGAAUUCUUCUCCUUUGACAAGCAGAAGUAUACUAUAGAAGAGUUCUUUGGGGAUAUAAAGAAAUUCAAAGAUGAUUUCAUGCAAGCGCAGCGAGAAAUAAUAAAAUUGAGGGAAGGAGAAGAGAAGCAGAGGAGAGCGAGGGAGGCGCGAGAAAAAGCGGAAGUGGAGAAAGCGGCACGAGCGGCACGCAAGCGAGCUCUCGUCGACAUGAACGCGCACGAAACGCAGGAAGGUGUUAUGGACAGCUUGAUGGAGGCUCUUCAAACAGGUUCCGCGUUCAGUCGACCGGAUCAACGACGCAAACGUCAAGCACGCGCGGCUGGUGCAGAGAGAAGGGCUCAACUUAAUAGAAGUCGAUCGCGAACAGGAUUAGUCGGGACUGGUUUACUGGGAAGAGAACUUUCGACAGAACUUUUAAGCUCGGCAUAAUCCAUGGAAAACCCCUGUUUCCGUCCUAAACUCGAAACUGUGAUGGAUCAAAUCGUCGUUUGUUGUUCGUUCAACGAUACGUAUGCAGAAACGGCACGUCGGUAAAGAGUCUAUGUUUAAAGACUUGGGAAAACCGUCGUGUCGAUUCGGACAAUGUCUUCCUCCUGCUGGCCGAAACGAUCGAUAUACAUAGCAAGAGCAUGUAUGGUAUGCUUGCAAAUAAUUUAACAACGACCAGUGCGAAAUCUUUAAACAUGAAGGAUGAUCAGUGCAACGCGUUCAAUAAAUUCUGUACAUUCUGUAUCAAACGAACGGUUGGUUCUGUAUCUUUUUCUAGCUCUUGUAAUCAUGGUACCGCGUGAACACGAUAUGAAUCUUUAUCCGCGAUCGUGAAAUGACGUAUGUAUGUAUAUAUAUAUACAUAUAUAUGUGCGUGUGCGUGUGUGUGUGUGCGAGAGAGAGAACGCAUGUGUUUCUAAAUGCUGCUUGACGAGAACAUGUACUUGGAGUGCUUUGGCGGCGCGUAUGCACGGAUUAACACAUUGACCGCUGCGUAUUCGAUACGUAUGGCUUCUUUUCGGCGACGUCUACGAAUCGAUUUCGAGCACGGUAACGGCACACGUACUUACCUUCGGAAAGUUCCAGAAUCGUGCCAAAUCCGUAUACACGCGAUCACAUGGCAGAAAGCAUGAAACAGUGACGCGCAUCGUCGUGCAAACAUUAUCCUAUCUAACGACAGGAAUUUCAACUAAAACGAAUGCGUACAAAGAGAUUGCGGUUAACUUUCGCCGAAUUCAAUUUUACUUUUUCAUUUCUGAAAAUCAACGACUGUUUAUAUUGUAUGUAAUGACGUCGAAUUUUAUGGAAAAAAUUGUAUCUAUAUUGUGAAUAUGUGAAUUUAGAUAGCAACAAUACAU